AUGUUUACUCUUAUUGGAUGGGAGGAUAUAGUCUUCAAAGAUCCACUCAACACCUUUUCCGGCAUAGAGAACUAUAAAUCAAUCUUUUGGGCACUAAGAUUUCACGGGAGGAUAUUCUUCCGGGCUCUGUGGGUUGACAUCGUUAGUGUGUGGCAGCCCACGGAGAACAUGAUAAUGGUCCGUUGGACUGUGCACGGCAUCCCACGAAUCCCUUGGGAGGUUCGUAGCAGAUUUGAUGGUACCUCAGAGUAUAAGCUCGACAGGGAAGGAAAAAUAUACGAGCACAAGGUUCACAAUAUCGCUCUCAACGGGCCCCAGAAGUUCCAUGUGCUGUCUGUCGACCAGUUGAUCCAGUCAGUCGGGUGCCCAUCUACACCAAAGCCCACUUACUUCGAGUUAUCGACCUCUUCAUCAACAAAUAGCUCGCGUUUGGUGAGUUUAUCUGCUGUUAAAUGCCAUUUGGCUUCUUUUUUGACAAGAUUUAUAAGAAGUGGGAUUCGAACUCACGCCCUUUCUCUGGAAGACCAGAACUACCCGAUGAUGAAUCAAAUGGGUAUGGUUCCGUUUAAUUCCGGCCACUCUCCCUGGCCGGCUCCGCCGCCUCCGCCGCCACCGUCGCUGCCGCCAGUACCGCCAGUGCCGCCAGUGCCACCACCAACUGCUUCUUUCUGGACCGCCGGAAACGUUAGCAGCCGCCUUGAAGAACUUCAACAUACUUUAAACCUAGCCAAAGCAAUGCAAAAAGAGUUGGAGAUGUUUAUUCAGAUGAAAGAAAUGGAAGUAACUACAGAAGGUGAAGCUAAAAGGCAUGGUGAUAUGUCCAUUGAUAGGUUUCUUGAGUUUAUGAAGGACAAUAAAAUUGACUUGGAAUUCCAAGAGUCAAUGUCUCUGAACUCUGCGAAUGCUAUAAUGUCGAAAUUGAGAUAUCAAUUGGAGCCCUUCAGGGUUGUUACUGAUGGGAAUACGCCCUGGGAGGAAAAAUCUGCUGUGAAAAGAUUAGCGGAUAAAAUGGAGAAGUAUAAAAGAAAUAAACUUUGGCGAAAAAGGAAGAGAAGGAGAGUAGCUGAGAAUUUAGCCAGGGAGCGUGAGCAGUUUGAUAAGAUAGAUAAAGAAGCUGAUGAAUGGAGGGCUCGGGAGAUUGCUAAAGAUAUUGCACAAAAGAAGGUGGAAAAGAUGAAGGAAAUAGCCAAGAUAAAGGCAAAAGACGAAAAGAAAAAACUGCAAUCUGAGAUCGAGCUAGUGUUGAUAGUUGAAAAGCUGCAGGAGUUACGCUCAAUCAGAAUACAGAAACUGAAAAAACAAGGUCAUUUUUUUCCAGAAGAGGAUGAUAAAUUUCUCGAACGUGUUAGAGCUGCGGUCGAGGAGGAGGAGCGUCAAUCCAUGGUGGCAGCUGUUACAGAUGCUGCUAAAGAUGCUAUUGCUAAUGCCGAGGAGUCAACAAAACAAAUCCGCAAUCAUUCGCUCAGUUCGGAAAAAAUAGAGCUUAAUAAUGAUGGAGUUGGGGUAAGGCAAGACCAUAAGAACGAGAGUAGUAAUGAAGGAGCUUCAGAAGUGUUUGUCCAAGAAGCGAAAAGACGUGAAAUGAAUGGACCAUCUUCAGGCAGCUCGUACGACUCUGUUGCUAAUUUGCCCAUGGAAUUUUACCAUUACUAUCACGGUAGCAGUACCGAUAUGGGCACACUCAUUGAGGUUAGAAGAACAUGGGACACGUACAUACGACCUGGAGGAAGCUGUAUACCGGGUCAUUGGGUUCAACCGCCACCCCCAGCAGAUGAUAUAUGGGCAUCCUACCUUGUAAACCCCAAACAACCUUAA